UGGUACCUCGAAUUUCAGCCUUAAUUCGUUUCAGAGGGCUGUUCGAGUGCAGUUACUGAACGAAUUUGUUCCCAUAAGGAAUAAUGCAAAUUAGAUUAGUCCAUUUCAGACCCCCAAAAAUACACUUACAAAAAUACACUUGCAUCGUUGUUUGAGUUGGGAGCUGUUCGAAAUUCGAGGUACCACUCUAUUUGUAUUUGCCUAGUUGGUCAGUAAUAUUUUUAAAAAUCCUUAUACACAAGUGUUAAAAUUUUAUGGAAAACCAUAGUAUGCAAUUGAUAUGAUUUAUUUUUUCCAGAGCAUUUUAUGUCUUGACAAAUCAUAUACAGUGGACCCCCGCUUAACGAUCACUUCCCAAUGCGACCAAUUAUACACCAGGAUAAGCAGUCAGAGCAAAGCCAGCAUAGCCGAGGAUAUGAUAGAAGCAGUUGUCUGUCGGGCAGAUGAGUUGCCGGAGGAGGGGAUGAAAACAUUUGAAGUAGAGGGUGGGAAGGUGCUGGUAGUACAUCAUAAAGGACAGCUAAUGGCACUAGGUACCACAUGUUCUCAUUAUGGAGCUCCUCUAGAGAAGGGAUCCGUCUGUGAUGGCAAAAUUCGGUGUCCAUGGCAUGGAGCUUGCUUCAGCUUGACCACAGAUCUUCCACCUAAUGGUGAUAUUGAGAUUCUGCAGGGAGUAUCAGCAGAGAAGGUAAACACAGAGGAGAAGGAGGUUGUUCUUAACAGUGGUGAGAAAGUGCCCUAUAAUAAGCUCUUCAUUGCCACAGGUGCAAAGCCACGCGUGUUGGGUUGCCCUGGAGAUGAUCUUCCAGAUGUUUUUGUUAUUCGUACACCAGAAGAUGCAAAUGCAGUUGCAGCUGCAGCUUCCGGCAAGCACACGGUCAUUGUUGGAACCUCGUUUAUCGGAAUGGAAGCAGCAGCAUAUUUGGCUAGCAAUAAUCGCGCAGCAUCAGUUACUGUCAUUGGAAAUACAUCGGUACCAUUUGAACGCAGUCUGGGUCUCGAUGUGGGGAAACGUAUCCAAGAGAUGUUUGAAGAACAGGGUGUUAGGUUUUUCAACAAUGCUGGGGUGACUGAGUUUACCGAUGAGAAUGGUAAACUUAGUGGAGUUCUGCUUGACACGGAAGAAAUAUUGAAUGCUGGAAGUUGCUGGUGGUGGGGAGUGGGGUAUUUAGAGACCAGUGUACCAGGAGUGUUCUGCGGUGGAGACAUUGCUUCUUUCCCACUCUUCACUGAAGAUGGUGCCAGUGUGACUAUUAGUCACUGGCAGGUAGCACUUGGCCAUGGUCGCACUGCUGCUCUUAAUAUGUUGGACCAGAACUCUGCAGUUAGAUCUGUGCCUUUCUUUUGGACUGUCUUGUUUGGAAAAAGUCUUCGCUACACAGGUUAUGGGAUAUAUGAUGAUGUCAUCAUUGGAGGAGACCUGGAAAACCUGUCCUUUAUAGCUUACUACUGCCGAGGGGACCGUGUGGUGGCCCUGGCCAGCUUAGGCAAAGACCCAGCUGUGGCUAAGUAUGCCAAUAUGCUCCAACAAGGGAAGUUUCUCACAAAGGAGGAGGUUGUUGAGGAUAAAGAUAUUGCUUUGAAGUUAACAUGUUGAUAGUUAAACAAUAAAUGGUAGGUGAUGUUUUCUGACAAGCUUAUCUCAAGUUUUGAGAGUUGGCUCAGAAUAUCAGUCUGAAAUUUAUUCUGUAGGGCUUCACUAAAAUUUGAAGUAUGCUACCUUGUGAUGGGACCAGUAAAGCAUUGAGUAAAUAACUGCAAUGUAAUGCCUUUAUUAAUGGUGAUGAAUGGAGUGUGUUAUUGGUAGCCUUUAAUUACCUAUCUGUGGUACAGUUAUGUAUUGCAGUGUGAUGUUAGUGCUUAUCGAUAGUAAUAAAGAUAGCAUGUAUGGUUGCUUAGUGCUGUUAAAUACUUUAUUGACUGUGGUGGGAAUGCUAUACUGCAUACAUUUUUUUUUUUUUCUCCUACAGAGUGGAAUAGUCCAACUCCAGAUUUUCCAGGUGCAGGUGCCUCUUCUGAGGUGCUCUUAAUUGCCAAGAUGUUUGAACUUUUAUUUAAAUGCAAAGGGGUAUAUAAAUCAUCUCUAGGAGAUUGAUUUUAUCAUGGGGGAAAAGCAGUAAAAGUUAAUAUUUUAUCAGUUAGCUGAUACUAUACAAAGUACCUGCCAAAAUACAGUCAUAUUACUCUGAUUGUAUCAUGUAGCUUCCAUGUAAUGCAUGUGUAAACCUUAGUGAUAGAACUUUAAGAAAACUUAUACCCAAUUUUAACUGAGGGAUGGUUCUAUGGAGAGGGGAAAUAAAAAAAACUACCUGCUAAAAACAUCCCUGCUGUAGGUGCAUUUAGAAUCAUCUAGUAUGAAUGAUUUAUGUAUUCUGAGGAAUCUCCAUCUCGGGUGCAUAGAAUGAAUCUCAGUUGAUUAAUUUCUGAACUUAAAUUAAAAAGUUGUUUGAUAGUGGUAACAGCAAAUUACAUUGUGGGUUAAAUCAUACUUAGAUAUAACUGAUAAAAAAUAAUAUCAGGUAAGUUCUGAGUCUUGUGUUAACUGUUCAUGUGGGUUUACAUAUGUGAAAAUGUGAUGAGGUCCAUCCACUGUUCUGGUUUUAUCAGGCAAGUUGUCAGAAAUCUUACAAGCAAAUAGGGUCGAAAUACUAAAGAUAAAAUUUAAAAUGAGUUGGUUUGAUUGAACAAAUAAACUUGGUGGGAUUUGUGUGGAUUAUGUCAUUAGUGUGGUAGCUAUCAUGUAAAGUGGCUAUUAUUGUUGAAAUACACCAAGCAGAUAAUUUUAAAGUUGUGGUUAAUAUUUUGUUAACGUUUUGCUAAAUAAUAAGUUAUGUAAGUGGAUACUAUUUACAAUGUUGAGAUAUGAAAUUACAGUAUCAGUAUUAUUAAUUUCAGGUGGGAACACUAAACCCAUUGCAAUGCUAGUGCCUGGGGGGAAUGGGAGGCAAUCAGAUUCGAUCCAAGGAAAGGGAGAAUUUGUCCAGUGCCCUGGAUCAAGAGGCCCUUGCUGGAAUCUAGGCACCUCCCUUGAGGGGACAAUCUCAUUAGACCACCUAAAAAUAUUCUGAUGUUUGUAGUUGUUCUACUCCAGAUGGUAAUAUAGUGAGACGAAAAAAAUCAUGCUGUACAUGAAUAUUUGCAGAUUGCAGGGUAGAAAACUUAGGAAAAAGGAUUAAAACUAUUAUAUUUAUCUGCAUAAUAGUUAUAAAUGUGGUAAAUAAAUGAUUAAGCUUGGAGACCAAAUAGGUAAGUGUACCAGAAGUGAGAUGAUCUUGUGAUCAUAAGUGUGAAGCUGAUACAGGUAGUUCAUGUCUUCAUAUUUAAUACUGUUUACACUAUGCAAUCUUGCAAAGUGACACUGUAUAGUACAAUUUUGCCCAAGUGUAAUUGGGAAAAAUGCAUUUUACUUCAUAGCACUUACUAAAACCUUGAUAGUAUGCCUCACACGUAUGGCUGCCCCAAGUUGGGUGGGUCAAACGUUUGGAAACGCACUGCUCCUUCCAUUCCCCACUGCCAUACACUUCUUAUGGUUGCUUACUAAAAAGAUUUUGGAUCCUUUGGUUACCCUGUCUCAUCUUAGAUAUUAACUAUGGCACCCAAUAUGAAUACUAGUAAUGCUGUAGGUGCCAUGAAGAAUAAACAUGAAACUGAUGGAAUAGACAUGGUUUGAGGUACACAUUGUGCAGAGUGUCUUUUUAAUCUGAGAGAGUCCAUUGUCCAUACAAUAAGAGAGAUUGAGAAGAAAAUAAGAGCUUGUGCAAUGGGUAGUGUAUGCUGUGACCUAGUGAAAAGAAUGUCAAGGUCAUUACUGCAGGGCAAAAUAGAUCAGAGAUAAAUAAUACAGUUUGUGAGCACUCGAGUACAACCAUCAUCUACUGACAAUUCUGGUCCACAGCCAUCCACCUUAGCCACUAGGACCACAACCCUCUCCACAAACUUCAAACUACUACUAUAAUGUACCUGGUAAGUUUGGCAAAUUUUAAGCCUUUAGAAUGCAGAUCUAUUUUGCCCUUCUGUCCUUCAUUUCACAUGCCGCUAGUUUCCUUCAGUUGCCAAUCAGGAACACAUCCCUCGCAUUAUGAAAGGAUUUACUGUAUCUGAAACUUGUAAUAAAAAAUUCAAGUAUACAGUAGAGCUCCCAUUUCUUGGUGCAUUAGUUGUGCAUGGUAGUCACUUCAAAAUGUCUUGUACAGUUUACAAGUCACUUCAAGAUAAAUUGUAUAAGCUCUAUUCAAAAAUUAUCAGUAGUGGUAAAGCAAAGAAAGUUUUCAUCCAAGCUUAAAUUUGAUGCAUCAGUAGAGUUUUAAAAGUGGUAAGUGGUAAAAAAGUGUUGGCUGAUGUAGAUUCAUUUGAAAGACAUGACAGCAUUUUGGGGGAGGGGGAAUUAAGCGAGCAUAGCAUUGGAAAGUACUGUCUCAAAUUUAAUACUUUGUUAGAUUUGUAUUAUUAUGAAGGUAAAUUAGUUCUAUGUUUGGACAUUUUCAUGAGUCGGAGUAGUUUGUGUCACAUCUGUGUUGGAUAUUUGAAAUCCUACUGCAAUUUUAAAAAAUUAAAAGUUGGUGGAGCUUGUAUUAGAGCACAUAUUACUAAUGCUGUUACUGCAGAAUGGGAAGCCCCUCCAUGGAGGUGCCUUGAUGCUGGUGAGAGGCUCAUGAUUCAAGGAGCUAGACAUUCUCUAAGCCUAAUUUCCUCCAUUCCCAAGGUAGUGUAUGCCCCCUUCCCCUACAGGUUUAGUGCAUCCCCUGAUCAUAAUAAUGAAAACAUUGAGUAGAUUAGAUAUAUUAAUGCCAAAGGUUAAAAUUAAGGAAAAGUCGAAGCAUUUAAUGUUGACUCUAAUACAUUACUUUCAUAUUUAAGUUGUAAGUAAAAAUGUGUAAAUUUCAGCAUGCAAAAUCAAUGAUAAAUGAAUUUUAAAUACAAAAUUUUUUUUUUGAUAUAUAAUGCUGCAUAACAUUUGUAUAUAGAGCAGAAAUGAUAAGUCUUGCAAAGUGGCUGGAGAAAAUGACUCUGGAUAGACUUCGAAAUUCUGAGCUACCCUCGGAACAAACAGGUGCAGUUGUUACCUUAGUCUUUUGUAUUUGUUUUGUGUAACAUCCUGUCUGUGAUGCAAUAUGUAAAUUAACAGUGGCAAAGUCAGGUGUAGCAGCUUUUUGGGUACAAGCAAGCCAUGCCAUUUUCAAGAUAUAUACCUCGAAGGUUUGCCUAAUUGUGUACCCAUAUAUGCAUAAUAAAUUGCUCAUUUUUGUAGAGAUGAAUAUCAAUGUGUACCAAUUGUUUAAUGUGUAAUUAUAUAAGUGGUUUAAAUUUGUGGACAAUGUGCUUUGACUAUUGUAUUUAGGAGCCCCUCAAGGAAGGUUUUUUUUUUUAUGCUAGUGAGGGACUCUUGUUCCAAAGAAUAUGAUUGCCACCCAUUUCCCAGGCACUUUGACCACUAAAUUUUUUUUUUUUUUUUUUUUUUUUUUUGGGGGGGGGGGGGAAGUAAUUGAGGAAAAGUAAUUGGAUCAAGAGCCCCUCAUCAGCAUCAAGGAACCUACCUCCCUUGAGUGAAUUAGUAAAGUGUGCUUAUAUUGGCUAGUUUAUUGGAUGUGCCUUAUCUACUGUUCAUAAUUAUUUCUGAAGUUGGAUAUAUUUUGUUAUUGUUGGUUAACUAUUAAAACAGUACAAGUUAUAAUACGUUCAUGUAGCUCAUUCCAUUUCUUUCUUAGACAUGGGUGGGACUAGAUAUGAAAAAAUGCACAUAAGGAAAAUAAAAAUGUACUUUAAAAAAAGGAUUGUUUAUAAUGUAUAUCAAACAUUAGUCGCAGUACAUAUUAAGGAAAAUAAAACAGAUCACUCAUUCAUAUUGUUUAUUAGCACUGAUGUUAAUAUAUUAUGAGUAUGUGCUUGGUUGUUCUGGUGUCUGAGUCAAAAUAGCAAUAUGGGGCAACAUAUUACUGAUGAUGCUGGAUGUAUUACAUGUAAUCUAUCCUCCUAUGUCACUGCUUAUUACAAAAGUAGCUCAACACUGAUUGGCUUGGGCAAAACAAAUUUAGCCCAACUCGCACUAAAACAAGGCACAGAACUGCAUAAAACUGUUGUUGCAGACUGUAAACCACACAUGCUCAUGUCUCAUCAAACAA